CAAGACUGCAUGUUAUUAAAACUCAUAAAAUAUAUUUCUAAAAGCCAGGGAUAGAGUGUAUUUUAUUUGGCACCAAACGCCCAGUAUAAAAAGCACAAUGGCGGGAAAUGAUGUUACGGUUUAUGUCAAAUGUUUGGUGAACUAGUGACUAAUUCGAAGAAACAGUAGGUUGUGUGAGAGUUUUGCACAUUGUAUGUAUUGAUUUCAUAUAUUACUGUCGCUUAACAGACGAAUAAACGACUUGUAAAAAAAUUAAUUUCACGUAACUUCAUCCGCCGUUUGAAAUUUUACACGGCGCAAACGUACUACUUUCGUAGAGGUUGACAGAGACGAAAUUGAGGCCAGUACCGAUAACUCUUAAAAAGACAUUGGGGACGUCUAUUCACGUUGGCGUAAGAAAACAUCCGUCUGGUUAUAGCCUAAUUUGCACAGUUUUUUUCUAUCAUUAUUUGAAUCAGUAUUGAAUAAAAUAAUUUAUUUUCAUAUUUCAAUUACAUACUUAUAAUGUUAUUCAUCAGUUAUUUAUUUUAGCGCUCAAAAUGAGAUCGAGAGUUUCAGCAUAUUUUUUUAAAAAAGAAGUCCACUUGACAUAAAUACAGUAAACUUAAAACAUUCUGUAGUGCCGUUUUAAUGUGACAACUCACAAAUAUAUAGCCGCAGUUCUGUAAAUAAUAUGCGGAUGUAAAUACAGUAUGCUUAAAACAUUCUGUCGUGACGUGUUUUCAAGUACCUUUUAAUGUAACAACUCACAAAUAUAAAGCCGCAGUUCUGAAAAUAAUGUGCGGAUGUAAUGUCGGAAGUUUUACAUGAAGCUUAUUGAAAUUCAAUAAUUUCAAAAAUUUGAAACUUCAUUCAUUGACUACAGGACAUAUCCGAAGCACAACAACUGAAACAAUUUCAUUGACAAUGUUGCACGCUGUUUAUGACGUUCUUAUAGCAUCUAUGCUAGUUGUGUUGCAUAUUAAAGCUGACUGUGACAGUCCUCCGAAUAUUGCAAAUGCGGACAACAACAUCACUGGUACUCCACCUUAUUCGGAAAAUACAACUGUGCGAUAUGACUGUAACCUUGGAUACAAUCCGACGGGAACCAGCCGAUUUUACACCUGCUAUGGCAACACAUGGACUGACGGUAAAUUUCGGUGCGAGCAAAUAUUCUGCUCAUACGUGAAACCUCCAGAAAAUGGCUAUGUAGUGAACAAACCAACAAAUGAAGUCGGAACUUCAAUCAAAUUUGCCUGCAAUGUUGGGCAUGAUAUUUCUGGAGCUGACUUGAUGAGAUGCCGAACAGACGGCAAAUGGAGUCCUUCUGCGCCCCCUACAUGCAUCCCUAAGGAUUGUGGGGAAUUUGGGUCUAUACAGUAUGCAGAUACAUUUCAAGAUACUACAGAAAUCGAAAGGAACCAUUACGGCAGUGUCACAGAGGUUACGUGUCGAAAUGGAAGAGUUCUAAACGGACCGCCUCGUAUCAGAUGUGAAGCUGAUGGCCAAUGGAGUGAUCGGCCAACGUGUGAAUUCUUGGAUUGUCCCCAAUAUCCAAAUACAAACGCGUCGUGUGUAAAGCAUUCUGUACUGUCUGGCGAGUUUUAUUUCCUCAUUUGUAAGGAAGAGAUAUCUACCAAGACUGGUCCUUCUGCUGCAGAAUGUAUAUCAGGUGCUUGGGAUUCCCUUGAAAUGGCUUGCUUUUGUGACUGUGUCAUUCCUAAUUAUGACACCAAUGUAAUAAUAACUAAUCUUAACAGCUUUGAUAACUUGCCGCACGACACAACACUUGAAUGGACUUGUACAGGUGGAAGUUCCAAAUCUUCAGUUGAACGCAUUAUUUGUAUAGAUGGAAUACUCAAAGCAGAAAAAGAUGGAAAAGAAAUUACGGCUGCAAAUUAUUCUAAUCCCUCUGAUAUAAAUCGUAGUCUUAUGCAUGAACUAUGCAUUUUACAAACAACAGUAACUUCUUCCAAUGUUACAACAUCCAAACCAAGUUCAAUUCCGUCAACACCCUCAGAAACACCAUCAUCAGACGUUUUAACUGCCAAUUUUUCUUCAGUUGCAACAUCCAUGCCAUUACCAGUGUCAUCCAUAUCUUUAAGUAUGGGUUUAUCGCCAAGUAUAUCAAUUGUAUCAACCUCAGUCCUAUCCAAAGUUACAGUUCCCACACCAACUACAAUAUCGUCCAUAUCUUCAAGAACGAAUUCAGUAACAAACGCAUCAUCAAUAAACUCAGGAACAAAAGUUCAGGAUAUCUCUCCAACAAAAGUCUUAUCUGUGACUACAUCACCCAUAUUAACUUCAGUUUCACCGAUCUCUUUAAGAAUGGAUUCAUCGUCAGAAGAUUCAGCUCUAUUGUCUUCAAACUUAGAAAGAGAAAUAGGAGAAACCAUUCCAACAAAUGUCUUAUACCCGACUGGAAUACCAAUACCAAUUUCAGUAUCGUCUAUAUCUUCAUCUUUGGACAUACCAAUUGUAUCAGUUACAAAAUCUCAGGAAACUAUACAAGCCGCAGUCCUAUCAUUGACGAGAACAUCGAUACCAACUUCAGUAUCAUCCAUAUCUUCAAGAAUGAAUUCAGUAACAAACGCACAAUCUAUAAACUCAGAAACAAAAAUUAAGGAUAUUUUUCCAACAAAAGUCUUAUCCGUGACUACAUCACCCAUACUAACUUCAUGUGCACCAAUCUCGUCAAGAAUGGUUUCAUGGUCAGACGAUUCAGCUGAUUUGUCUUCAGACUUAGAAAGAAAACGUGAGGAGACCAUGCCAACAAAACUCUUAUCACAGACUGGAAUGCCAGUACCAAUUUCAGUAUCGUCUAUAUCUUCAAUGGUGGAUUCAUCUUUGGACAUAUCACCUGUAUCAGUUACAAAUUCAGUUACAAAAUGUCAGGAAACCUUACCAUCCACAGUCCUACCAUUGACUAGAUUACCCAUACCAUCUUCAGUAUCGUCUGCAUCUUCAAGAAUGAAUUCAUCAUCAUCAGACAUUUCAACUUCAUCAUCUGUAAGCACAACAAUAAAUGUUCAAGCUACAUUACAAACACAAGUGUUACCAAAGACAACGCUAUCAAUAACAACGUCAAUGUCACCCACGCCUUCAAGAAUGGAUUCAUCGUCCGACUAUUCACCUGUAUCAACUACAAACUCAGUAUCAGAAAUAAAGGGUACCUUGCCAACAAUAGUCCCAUCCUCGACCCAAAUACCCAUACGGAUUUCAGUAUCGUAUAUAUUUCCAAUAAUGGAGUCAUCUUUAGACAUAUCAGCUGCAUCAGUAUUAGAAUCAGUGACAGAAAGUCAGGAUUCCAAGCAAACAAAAGAUUUAACCUUGACUAGAUCAUCCAUACCAAUCUCCUCAAUAUCGUUCACAUCUUCAUUAAUUGAAUCAUCAUCAGAAUUUUCAACUUUAUCAUUUUCAAAUGUAUUAAUAAAAGACCAGAGUGCAAUAUUUAUACCAGCAACGGUAUCGUCCACAUCCUCAAGAAUGGAUUCAUCGUCAGAUUUAUCUUCUGCACCAAGUGCAAACAUGGUAACAAAAAGCAAUAUCCUAUCAAGUGAUAAGUCUUCUACAAUGACAAUUGAAACAAAGAAUAUUGAAAUAAGUUCAGGGGCUGUUGGUCUGAAUACUUAUUUGUUGGUUUAUAUUUUCUUUCUCUGUUAUAUGUUACAACAGUUUACUUAAAUCCAACAAUGAAGACCAAAUAAAUCACUAGUCCUCGAGCAUUCAUGAUUUUACAGUUUGUGUUUAAACAACAGAUAAGAUCUUUUGAAGGCAUUUCUUAUUUCGAGUUAAUGUUUUACAGCGUUUGUCUUUUAACAUAUAUUUACCUUACAAAAACAAUGAAUCAAAUUCAUACGAUGUUCAAAGUAUUAAGUAACUUUCGAUAUCCAGAAUUAUAGGCGCAGAGAGAAAACUUCCUGCUCACAGUCCUCGAGACGAGUUCAGAGACAAGUGGACGUGAAGUGAAAUAAUACUUAGUUCAAGCGAGUGAUGCCAAAAUGACGAAAAUAACACAUUGGUAAAACUCGUGGCGUCGUAAAAUUUUCAUUUCUACAAUUUUGCCAAGUUACUUGCAUUUUCGCAAGUUUGAGUGAAAUUUCAGUCAUUCAGAAUGAAAGAAUUAUUUCUUUUUCUAAGAGCUUCUGCAUUUUCCUGCAAUUUUAUUUGGGGCAAAUGGUCGAAUGGGCAACUGUCAGAGGAGAUUAAGCGUAUGAAAGUAAAGUUUGUUAUUGCGCUAUUUUAUAACUAUGCCAGACUAAACAGAAUAAAUCGAUUAAUUAUGUAGAAUAAAACAUACAUAUUGC